UAUGGCAGCGUUGUCGUAGUGCGAAUGUACCCGGAAAAAAUAGCCUGCGAGAUAAGCAAAUGUCUCGUGAGGAAGUAGUUUCCACUUUUUCAAGAUCAAAAUUAAUUCCUAGAUUAUUUCAGUGUCGUAAAGGUUUAGAUAUUGAAAAAUAUUUAACUAUUGAAGAAGAACAUGUUGACGAAGACGAUUCCGAAUAUCAGGUUACGAAUCAGCGUCAAAUAUGUACGAAUAAUUAUAAACCAAAGAAAAGAACUAAAAAAAAUAAAACACGAAUAAACCAAGUUUUAGAUCUCACUGAAGACUCUUCAAAGUCUUGGGGCGGAUAUUGUCAAUCUAUUAAUGGAAUAUAUGAAAUUCCGGUUACUAAUAAUGGCAACGACAAAAGUACAGAUACUGAAACGGUGGAAGAUAUUGAGAAAUGGUUAAAAACUCGGACUGAAUCAAUAUCAAGCAUCGAAAUGGAUCCAACAAAGUGUGAAGUGGACGAGGGUGUUGAUAGAUAUUUAGAAGCUGAACUGUCACAUUCAUUUUUAGAAAAAGAUCCAGAUGGUUUGUCCAUCGAUAUUGAUUUAUCUGAUAAAAAAUUAAGUUUAGGUUACGAUCCUAUUCUUCAAGAAUUGCAAAGUGAAAAACUAUUAGAAGUCUGUGAAAAAGAUGGUUUUAUACUCCCAGAAUUUCAACUAGAUCAACUGGAUGGAUUACCUAUUGCACCCAAUGAUAUGAUGGUAGCUGGAGAAAUUCUUCCAUCCACCAGUAGUCAAUCGAAUUUAGCUAUUAAUAGCCAUGCAGAUAUAUAUUCUGAUAACGUAAAGAAGCAUAGUAAAUGUCUAGAUACAGAUAAUAUUGGUGAUAAGUCUGAUGAUGUGAACGUUUAUACUUUACCUGAAGAAUUUAUGAAUUCUGAGAUAAAACAAUCUUCAAGUAAUGAAAAUCACGAUAAUUUGCAUGAUUUUGAUGAGGAAACAUCAAAAAUACUUGAAGAAAUAAAUUCAGUCAAUUCAACAGCUUCAAUAAUUGAUUCUGAAGUUCAAAACUCAUCAAUCGUUGAAGAAGAAUUAAAAGAAGCUCAUAAAUUUAAGCCCAGUAUAAUGAAGAAAUGUCCAAAAGUACCUGAAGAAAUGCAUAAUUUUAAUAAUACGGAUGAAGAAAUUCAAGAAGACUGCCAGAAUGAUGAAAAAAAUAAUGUUAUGACUAUCGUUGCUAUAUCCACUGAUAAACGUUCAAACAUGACUCAAAUAGUUAUUAAUACAGAUAAAGGAGAACAAAUUUAUAGAGGUAAAACAUCAGAGCUGAUGGAAGCCACUGGUUACUUUUCGAAGCUUCCUAAAAAUAAUAUAACUUGGAAUAAUUUAACAACAAAUAAUGAUAUGAGCCCACCUUCAAGUAAUCAUGAAAUAAUUAUAUCAAAUGCUUUAGAAGAGCUAGGAUACACUGAGGAUAGUUUGGUCUCUGUAAUUCUUCCUGAAAAUCGAAGAACGUGGAUUUGUCCCAGAGAAGAAUGUAGAAAAGAAUUCAAUAGAUUGUAUGCGCUUAAAAGUCAUCUAUUAGCUCAUCAUGGGAUUCGUCCGUUCAAGUGUGACUAUGAAGGUUGUACUUGGGCAUUUCAUUCAGAAUUCAAGUUGAAACGACACAAGGAGACGCAUUUAAAACGCAAAGAUUAUGUUUGCCAAGUGCCAGAUUGUAACAAGCGUUUUACAACAGUAUACAAUUUAUGGACGCAUGAAAAAUUACAUACAAGACCGAACAGAAUAGUUUGCCAAGUUCCUGAAUGUGACGAAAAAUUUCAAACUAAACGAGCUCUUGAGUUACACAUGAAAACUCAUGAUCAAAGUCAUGCACCUUACGUAUGCUUUCAUGAAGGAUGUGGCAAACGUUAUUACAGCAGUAAUGCUUUAACAUCUCAUCAAAGAUGCCAUAGUUAUAAAGAAGUUGAUAUUAAAUGUUCAUGGCCAGGAUGUGGAAAAAUAUUCGAUAAGCCAUGUAGAUUAAAAGCACAUUUGCGAUCUCAUACAGGAUCUAAACCUUAUCUCUGCGAGUUUCCAGGUUGUCCAUGGGCUUUUACGUCAUCUAGCAAAUUGAAGAGACAUGAAAAAAAACAUACUAAUGAUCGGAAAUUUGUGUGCGAUGUUGAUGGAUGUAGCAAAGCUUUUAUGCGUUCAGAGCAUUUAAAAGAGCAUAAAUUAACACAUACUGAAGGCCGUUAUUUUCAAUGUUAUUUGUGUGAUGCUCGAUUUUCUGCUAAAAGUAGUCUCUAUGUUCAUAUAAAAAAGCACCAGACAAGCAAAGAAGCUUUAGAUAAUGCAGCAGUACAGUCAUUAUUAGAUGCUAAAUUAAGUUUUGGAGAGAAAGACAAUUUAGAAGAUUUUUACAAUGAAUUACCAAUUGAAUUGGAAGCAGAUCUUACUAAUGAAUCAUCACAAGAAAUAUUACUGGUCAAAGCUAAUGUUGAAUCUACCAAUGAUAUUUCUAAUGAUAAUAUAGGAGUUGAUCACAUAGCUACACCAAAAUUAAAGUUUACUUGUCCUGUUGAUACAUGUUUACGAUCCUACAUGACAAAAGCAUCUCUACGAACACACAUGGUUAAAUGUCAUGGCGAACGAACAAAACAAGAAGCAUCCCUAACACCACAAAUGGAUUACAUGCUAUUUACUGGUGAAGAUAAUGCUCAAAUACCACAAAUUGCUGUUGAUUCUGAAAUAGCUAAUGUGUCGCUAGAUACAUCCUGUUUACCCGAGCCGAAACCACCACCGCAAAGUUCUGUGAAAAAAUGCACAGUUGCUCAUAGUGAUAUUGAUCAAAAGGUUAAAAAGAAUCAUGGAGCAGCUAGAACAGGACUUGUUUAUUCAGAUAUACGAAAAAUGAAAAAAAAUAAUGCAACACUGAAUUCUAUUGUUGGACCAUCAGAUGUUGUUCUUGGUUCAGCCGAUUUGGGAGAAGGUUUUUUCUUGCAUGAAGAAUUGACAUCAAUGUAUUAUGAAGAUGAUAUGGUUGGAACUCCAAUUUUAUUGCUGGAUUCAGCUGCACCAGAAACAGCCAUGAAUCUACGCGAUCUUGAGUGACAAUCGUUACUUUUAUUUUAAUAUGUAUAUGUAUAUUAGUUAGAUUUUUGACAUUGCCUGUGAUCAAACAAUGGCAUCAUUUAGCCUGCAUUCACAUAUAAUCAGCUCAUUAUUAGUUUUAAAUUGUUAUUUUUUAUUAAUAAAACGUUGAUAUUUUUCCAUAAA